AUUUAGGAACAGCAGCAAUCAACCCAGCACUCUAGCAAGACCUCCUCAGCAGCCGCCAAGAUGCAUCUUAUGUACACCCUCGACAAAGAUGGAAAGCGUGUCUACACCUUGAAAAAGGUUCUGAGCGGCGAAGUCACCAAGUCCGCUCACCCAGCUCGUUUUUCGCCAGAUGACAAGUACUCCAGGCACCGAGUUACGCUCAAAAAACGCUACGGUCUGCUUCUUACGCAGCAGCCGGACAAGGAAGCCGCCAAGUCAUAAAUCAUUUAUAGAGUAGAAAGACAGUUGGGGCCAUGGCAGGGUUUUUUGAAUGGUUAAAUGUAUCGUUUCAUUGAGUUUGGCGAAUGGUGUUUUGUACUUGGUCUACCGCAAAAGUUAGGAAGACCAUGAUUACAGUGAGAAUUUCGACAUUGCUAGUGGCAGUAGCGUUAUUCGGAAACAGUUUUGAUUAAAUCUGCAAUAUCAAGCUAUCAUGUCUCAUGAGGGUCAUGUAUAAUUUUAUCUACCCCA